UCUGUCUGGAAUCCCUGCUCCGGUGCACAGCUCUCUAGCAAUGGCUUUCUGGACGGCAGUUCUCUGUGCGCUGUUAGUCUCGAUUCUCAGUGGGCUAUAUCUCCUGGGAGCAUUUCGAAGGAGGAGACCCACGGAGCCGCCACUGGAUAAAGGCCACAUUCCGUGGCUGGGGUACGCACUGGAUUUCAGAAAGAACAGCGCAGCGUUCCUGAAAAAGAUGCAGAGGAGACACGGGGACAUUUUCACGGUGCUGAUUGGAGGCUACUACUUCACCUUCCUAAUGGACCCUCUCUCUUUCGGAGCCAUAGUGAAGGCGCCAAGAGCCAAACUCGACUUCGAGGCGUUUGCAGUAGAACUGGUCGCCAGGGUUUUUGGGUAUCACCCGUGUAAAAGUGACCAUAAGAUUACUCAGGUGUCAAGCACAAAGCACCUGAUGGGAGAUGGACUAGUGGUCAUGACUCAAGCCAUGAUGGAGAAUUUGCAGACCCUCAUGUUUCACAACAGGGACUCAGGAGAAGAGAGACCCUGGCAGCAGGAUGGGCUCUUCCACUACAGCUACAACAUUGUCUUCAGAGCUGGCUACCUGGCUUUGUUUGGAAACGAGCCAGGCACAGGCACACAGAGUGAGAAGAAAGCCAAGGAGCGUGAUCUUAUGCAGUCCGAAGAGCUGUUUAAUGAGUUCCGGAAGUACGACCGCCUCUUCCCCCGCCUGGCCUACGCCGUGCUGCCCCCAAGGGAUAAAAUGGAAGCGGAGAGGCUGAAGAGGCUCUUCUGGAAGGUGCUUUCUGUGAAGAACAGCCGUGAGAAGGAUAACAUGAGCGGAUGGAUAAGCGACCAAGAACAGUUCCUGGCAGAGUUUGGGGUGCCUGAGUACAUGCGGGAUCGGUUCAUGUUUCUGCUUCUCUGGGCGGCCCAAGGCAAUACGGGCCCAAGCUCUUUCUGGCUUCUCUUGUAUCUCAUGAAGCAUCCCGAAGCAAUGCAGGCUGUGAGGGAAGAAGUGGACAAAGUUUUAGGAGAGACUGGUCAGGAAGUGAAGCCAGGCAGCCCUGUGGUUAACAUCACCAGGGACAUGUUAAUGAAAACCCCAGUUCUGGACAGCGCAGUGGAGGAGACCCUGCGCCUGACAGCAGCUCCCAUUCUGAUCAGAGCAGUGGUUGAGGACAUGAAUCUCAAGAUGGCCAAUGGCAGGGAAUACGCCCUCCGCAAAGGGGACAGGGUAGCCCUGUUUCCCUACGUCGCAGUGCAGACGGACCCCGAAGUCCAUCCUGAGCCUCACACCUUCAAAUACAACCGGUUCCUGAACCAAGAUGGCACCAAAAAAGAUUUCUACAAGAAUGGGAAAAAGCUGAAAUACUUUAACAUGCCCUGGGGGGCAGGAACCUCAGUCUGUCCUGGACGGUUCUUUGCUGUCAAUGAAAUAAAACUGUUUGUGUUCCUGAUGUUGUCUUACUAUGACUUGGAGCUAGUUAACGAGAAAGAAGAGAUCCCUCCGAUAGACGUGAGCCGAUGGGGAUUUGGUUCAAUGCAGCCCACUCACGAUGUCCAGUUUAAAUAUCGUCUACGUAUUUAAUGUGAAAACGUGACCCUCUUCUGCUGCAGCCCUGUUGUGUACUGGCUCCAUAAUUCAGUCAGGAGGGACUGAUUUGUCAAGAGAUUGGUCUGUGUAAAGAUCUUCCAUACGUGUCAUAGCCUCUUAGAUGGUUGUUAUGACAUUUCUCUUUAUCAGGCAACACAGCACUGCUCAGAACGUUAGUGUUUAAUCUACUACAUGUUGCUGUGACCUUGGAACUCUCAGACUCACUGCAAAAAUUCCCUUAUCUCCUGUUCCAGACUUGUGAGGAGCUGUGUAAGUGAAUGCCUGCUGACAUGCAAAGAAAACAAGAGUGUUAGUGUAUUUCCUGAAGGAAAAUAGGAACAGGGAGAGUUUCCUUAGCAUGGAUUUAUGGGUUUUUAUUUCUUCCACUCUUCUUAUUGUAAAUCUGAAAUGUCUGACUGUGCAUUUAGAAAUAUACUGAAUGGUCAUAGGACAAAUACAUUCUUUAUACAGGGGUUAGGAACAAAGAUUCCAGGGAUUAAUUAAAAAUUGUCUUGACUAUAAUCCUGCUGUACUUUGCUACAUUUUAUUUUUAUUAAAAGAAUGCUGUCAGCCUA